GAGGGAGGCGGAGAGGCGGGAGAUGUUGAGAAGGGCCCGCGCAUCGGCCAGACCUGCCGCCAGCGCUGGUGGACGGCCCCUCGUGAGGAACCCGAACGCGCCGCCCCUGGUGAGGAACCCGAACGCGCCGCCCCUAGUGAGGAAUCCGAACGCGCCGCCCCUGGUGAGGAAUCCGAACGCGCCGCCCCUGAUGAGAAACCCAAAUGCUAGGCCCCUGAUCAGAAAUCCCAACGCCCCGCCGCUGAUCAGGAACCCCAAUGCACCGCCUUUGGUGGAGAACGAGAGGGCUUAGUCGCCAUGUCGUCGUCGUUCGUGUAGAAUACAUAUUGGGACGCUCUCGUGAACAGGCCGUUUAGGCUUGCCCCAUAGCAGGCGAGAUGGUAUCACGAUCCUGAAGGGGUUAUAAUGAGCAACGUAACCCAAAAUUUCCCUCGGACGAGGUGAUUGUAGCUUAAGUCUAGUCAAUGUUUACUAAUUCAUCC